GAUUUAACCAUGAGAGUUAUUGACACCCCUGGCUUCAAUGAUGAUGAUGGUGUUAAACAAGAUGCAUGUAAUUUUCUAUCUAUAAAAAAGUAUUUGGAAACACAUCCCAAAUUUUCUUCGAAAACAGAGAUUUAUCCAAAUCUUGUGUUCAUAGUUGAUAAAGCCAAUAAUAAUAGAAUCAAAGGAAUCAAUAGCUCACUUUCAUAAUCCUUGAGAUGUAUCAAGAUGUUGAAUAUUGUUGACAUCAGUCAUCCAAAUCUUGUUGUGAUUUUGACACAUGCUUGCGCUAUUGGUUACAAGAACGUGAAAAAAUGGCAAGAGACGAUGCGAGAAAAGAAAAAACUUGUGUCCGACAUUGUUUUUGACAAUUUAGGUGUCAUUGCACCAGUUGUAUUGAUGGAAAAUGAUCCUAAUGAUGAGCACGAACUUAAAAAGGAUGGAGAUUUCAGAAUCCUUCCAAGCCACGAGAAACAACCUUUGAAUUUAUACAAAGCUUGCCUUAGCUUACUCAAAAAAAGGAAAGAUGGAAACCAUAUCACAGAUAAAUUUGGACAUAUGGUGUUGAAUGCUGCAUUUACACGAAAGAAAAAGGAAAAACCAACAAAAGGUCAUGAAGUUAAAGCGAAAGUUGCAAAUGAAGAGGAAUUAUCAGAUGAGGAAAAGAAACUUGUAAAAGAUUUUACUGAAGCUGGUAAAGGUGGUUCAACCAACUCACUUGUCAAGCGUGCAAAGCAGUAUAUUUCCGAGAACAACAUCCAGGACGAGUCUGCAAAAAAGGAACUUUUUGGGCUGGUGGAAACUAUGAAUGCGAUGGGAUUGUCGGAUGAUUCAAUAUUGAAGCGCACAACAAUCUUUGAAAUCAACUGUCGUUAUGACGACAUUAUCACCGAACAUGGCCUUCAAAUGUUGGAGAAGAAAUUUAACAUAAAAUGUGCUGAGUCGUUUUAUUCGGCUGAAUUUAUUGGUAAUGGAUACAACCUUGUCACAGACGACUUUGUUUCAGCUCAGGUUUUAAAAUUAUCUCUCGUUGAUAAUAAACAAUUUGGCUUGAGAAUUCCUAAAUUUGCACAAAUAUUGAAUAUAAAUAAAACUGUUGAGAGCGAAAUACAUUUACAACGGAAUAAAAGUUCCAUUAAAUCGCGCCUUUCAGCCUUGGGGCUAAAUGUGAACAUGGCACCAAGUAUAUUAACGAUGGCUCAAGAAUUUGAUGCAAACUACAGCAUGAAGCGUCAGGAAAAUGACUCAAGAUCUUCAACCAAUACAAAGAUAUUAAAAGAAGUAAGAAUCGCAAAGAUAACUGUUGAAAUUGAUUCGAAAAAAAUUGCUUUUGCUGAUGACUUUCGGUCUGCAGUGGAAAAACUUCCAUAUGGAAAUAUCGAAAACGAGAAAGUGAUGAAGGAGUUCAUAAAUUUUUUCAAUAAAUUUGGUCAGUUUGUCGUCACGUCUGCAUAUGUUGGGGGAUCAGUUGAAUGUGAUAAUUAUAAUGACAUCAUAGAGUUGUCAAACCGAGAUGAAAAUAAUGUUGGCGGUUGUGUUGGUGCAUACAUUGUGGGACAAACAUCAGUAAAUACAGAAAGCAACAAAGUCUUAAAAAUUCCAGCCUCUCAAUGGAGAGGUGGGUGUGUAGACUUGCAAGUUAAAGAAAAAUUCCACGAAUGGAAAAGAUCUGUUUCUAAUGAUCCAGUGUUUUUAAAACAUAAAUUAACAUUGCAGCAUAUUUAUACGUUAGUUGGAAUGAUUGAUAAAAAGAAAGGAAAUCUUACCAAACAAGCUUUCGAAAAAAUGUUUCAGAUUAGUACUUCAAGUCUUUACAGUAAUGAUUCUUCAAAAGCAAAUUCGCGAAUGGAGAGAAAGAAACUGGAGCAAGAAGAAGUAUGUUCUUCUAACACAAGGCUAGGUGAAGUUGAAGAACCGACAUCUAAAGGAUCGAGGAAAACGCUCGACUACAUCAAAUACAUUUUAUCAAAAAUUGGUGAUGCUUUUCAUCAUGCAUUGGCUAGAUUGAAGAAAUAAGUCAACCUUCAAAUAAAAAAUUUGAAGCAUCACUAUUGCACUUUCACAGUUUAAAUCUUUUUUGUCUAUUUGCGUUCAGUAUAUACCAUUGUAAACUACCUGUAUUAAAUAUUUAAUUCAUUCUGCAAAAAAGGCAAUGAAGAUAGCAUAAGUAUGCCGAAACGUGUAUGCAAUAAAACUUUCGUUGAUUUUAAA